GAUUUUGCAUUUCCAGGGAAGAUACCUGUAUGUAAAAAACACAGGUCUCUCUCCUGCCAGCAAGCACAUGCUGCUGUGUAUUUCUCUGCACAGCAGAGAAAUACACAGCAGCAUGUUUCCCUAGUAAAACACACACACAGCACAUUAUGUAAAACACAGCACAGCACAUAGUUAACCCUUUGAUCGCCCAGAUGUUAACCCCUUCCUGCCCAGUGUCAUUAGUACAGUGUCAGUGCUUUUUAUUAGCACUGAUCAUUGUAUUGGUGUCACUGGGAAUGUAAGUGACACCAAGUCAGUUCCUCCCAGUGUCACAAUGCCACCACAGUCC